CCCAAUUCCUUGUGAAUUGUUGGUUCUAGUACAGCAAUAUUUGUCUUUCCAGCUAAGCAAGAAUGUGCUGUGCUCUUUGCAAGUUCCUAAACUGGGGAACCUCAUUUAAGUUUUCCGCCGUAAAUGUCCAUAGCUGGAAUCUUCCCAUUAGUCUUGGAGCCAGGAAUCCCUCAAACUUCAGAAUGAAGCACACAAACCUUGAUCAAGUUGCAGGGCUUCCUCUUCGAUUAGUCAGAUAUGGAGCUGAAGCUGCUGCAAAAUUUGUUGCUGUUUCAGAGCUUAAUCGAAUCUGUCUUCAUUCUGAUUCUUGCGAUGGCUCCCGAUACAAACAAAAAUUGGAUUCGCCAUUUGCCUGGAUGAGCAAGCUCACUAAAAAGGCAGACAGCUAUUUGAAAGGCAUCAGAGAUCAUGUGAGUUUAGGAUCCAAGAUUUCAGAGACUGUUAAGGGAAAAUUGAGCUUGGGAGCAAAAAUUCUUCAAGCUGGUGGAGUCCAGAGAGUUUUCAGACAAAGUUUCACAGUUGAAAAAGGAGAGAAGCUUCUCCAUGCAUUCCAGUGCUACCUAUCAACAACAGCCGGUCCUAUUGCGGGCCUGCUCUUCGUUUCGAUAAAUAAGAUUGCUUUCUGCAGUGAUCAAUCGAUCAGAAUCACAUCUCCAGAAGGAAGUUUGGUACGAGUUCCCUACAAGGUUUUGAUUCCACUGGGAAAGGUGAAAAGAAACAAUCUAUGCGAGAACUCAUACAAGUCUAAUCAAAAAUACAUCCAAAUAGUGACCGUUGACGAAUUCGAGUUUUGGUUUAUGGGCUUUCUCUGUUACCAGAGAUCAUUGAAGCAUUUGAGAAGAGCAAUUUCAGCAUCACAACUAGAAGAUUUGCAUUGAAUUCAUGAAAGAGAGUUGGAAGCUAACUGCAUCCUACUUUGUACAUUUGGAUGAAGGAAAUGUGCUUGGUAAAAUUUUAACUGCAACCGAUCUCUGUUCAGAGCAA